AUGCCGCGGCUCAGCGGUAAGAACGUCUAUUUCGACGAAUCAUCCAAGGCAAACGUUAACAUCAAGGUCCAAGGCUACACACUCCAUGCUCACAAGGACAUCCUGCGACAGCAUGUGUGUUUCGACAACUGUUUGCGGUCCGGCACGUGGAGCGAAGCAUGCACCGGCAUCAUAAAACUACGCGAGCAUGCCUCCUAUGUCGUCAUUCUCCUAGAAUACAUCUACCACGGCCAUCUCAACACCUCAAAGAUUGACUGCAAGAUCGCCAAGCGUCUAGGCCGAUCCCACAAGCACCCACGGAACGACGCAUUCCACGCCGAACACGCCGAACACGCCAAGAUCCUCAUCGACCUCUGGGACCUCGGCGACCGCUACUUCAUGUCCGGCUUCUGCGCCCUCUGCGCCGACCACUUCACCGACCUCCUCGUCCACACGCCGGGUGCGCGAUACUCGUGGGACGUCUAG